GUGUGAGCUCCGUCUGCUUAUCGCACUCCCGGAGAGGGGCCACUGCGGGCUCCGGAGGGGAAAGGGACUUUUUGAGGAGCGAAGCGGAGGCAGACGAUGAAGGGAAGGCGAGCUCCACCCGGCGAUUUUCGCGCGCUUUGUCGCGGGGGGUUGUGGGUAGCUCGCCGGGAGGGAAAAGAAAACCCCGAAGCCGGGUCGCGCCGCCCGUCGGGCCGGAGGGGAUGUUCGAGGACGAGCCCCACGCCGAGGGGGCGGCGGCGGUGGCCGCGGCCAGGGAGGCGCUGCAGGCCCUGUGCCAGGAGCUGAACCUGGACGAGGGGAGCGCGGCCGAAGCGUUGGACGACUUCACCGCCAUCCGCGGCAACUACAGCCUAGAGGGAGAAGUCGUACACUGGCUGGCAUGCUCUUUAUAUGUUGCUUGCCGCAAGAGCAUCAUUCCUACCGUGGGGAAGGGCGUCAUGGAAGGAAACUGUGUUUCACUGACCAGAAUACUACGCUCGGCUAAGUUAAGCUUAAUACAGUUUUUUAGUAAAAUGAAGAAGUGGAUGGACAUGGCAAAUGCACCACAAGAAUUCCGUGAGCGCAUAGAAAGGCUGGAAAGAAAUUUUGAAGUAUCUACUGUAAUUUUUAAAAAAUUUGAGCCCAUCUUUUUAGAUAUAUUUCAAAAUCCAUAUGAAGAGCUGCCAAAGUUGCCACGGAGCAGGAAGCAGAGGAGACUCCCGUGCAGUGCUAAGGACCUCUUUAACUUCUGCUGGACACUGUUUGUGUACACUAAGGGUAAUUUUCGUAUGAUUGGUGAUGAUUUAGUAAACUCAUAUCAUUUACUUCUGUGCUGCUUGGACCUGAUUUUUGCCAAUGCUAUUAUGUGCCCAAAUAGACGAGACUUGUUAAAUCCGUCAUUUAAAGGUUUACCGUGUGACUUCCACGCUGCGGACUUCAGAGCUGCAGCAGAGCCUCCCUGCAUCCUUGCUGUGCUCUGCGAUCUGCACGAUGGGCUAACGGUGGAGGCCAAAGGGAUAAAGGAGCACUACUUCAAGCCGUACAUCGCCAAACUCCUUGACAAGAAGAUUUUAAAAGGUGAAUGUCUCUUGGACCUUUCUAGUUUUACUGAUAAUAGCAAGGCGGUGAACAAGGAGUAUGAGCAAUACGUUCUGACUGUUGGGGACUUCGACGAGAGGAUCUUUCUGGGAGCAGAUGCAGAAGAGGAAAUUGGAACACCUCGAAAGUUCACUGCUGACACCCCAUUUGGGAAACUGACGUCCCAGGCCAGUGUGGAGUGCAACCUGCAGCAACACUUUGAGAAGAACCGAUCAUUUGCACCUUCUACCCCACUUACUGGACGUCGUUAUUUACAAGAAAAAGAGGCAGUCACUACACCUGUUGCUUCAGCCACUCAAAGUGUAAGCCGCUUACAGAGUAUUGUGGCUGGACUAAGAAAUGCACCAAGUGAGCAACUUCUGAAUAUUUUUGAAUCUUGUAUGAGGAAUCCUCUGGAAAACAUUAUAAAAAUAGUGAAAGGAAUAGGAGAGACUUUCUGCCAACACUAUACGCAGUCCACAGAUAAACAGCCAGGAUCUCACAUAGACUUUGCUGUAAACAGACUAAAACUAGCAGAAAUCCUGUAUUAUAAAAUAUUAGAGACCAUAAUGGUCCAGGAAACACGGAGACUUCAUGGAAUGGACAUGUCAGUUCUUUUAGAGCAAGAUAUAUUUCAUAGAUCCUUGAUGGCUUGUUGUUUGGAAAUUGUGCUCUUUGCCUAUAGCUCACCCCGUACUUUCCCUUGGAUUAUUGAAGUUCUUGAUUUGCAACCAUUUUAUUUUUAUAAGGUUAUUGAGGUGGUGAUCCGCUCAGAGGAGGGGCUUUCCAGAGACAUGGUCAAACACCUGAACAGCAUUGAAGAACAGAUUUUGGAGAGUUUAGCUUGGAGUAAUAAUUCGGCACUGUGGGAAGCUCUCCAUGCUUCUGCCAACAGAGUUCCCUCCUGUGAAGAAGUUAUAUUUCCAAAUAACUUUGAAAUAGGAAAUGGAGGAAAUGUACAGGGGCAUCUCCCCAUGAUGCCACUGUCUCCAAUAAUACAUCCAAGAGUUAAGGAGGUUCGCACUGACAGUGGAAGUCUUCGAAGAGAUAUGCAGCCGUUGUCCCCGAUUUCUGUCCAUGAACGCUACAGCUCUCCUGCUGCAGGAAGUGCUAAGAGAAGGCUCUUUGGAGAUGACCCACCAAAGGAAGUAUAUAUGGAUAAGAUUAGGGCAGAAGGAACAAAGCUGAAAAUUGCUCCUUUAAGUGUUACUGCUGAAAGCUUGUCAAUUUCCCCUGGGCAAGCUCUCUUGACAAUGGCCACCACCACUGUAACGGGAACGACAGGACGGAAAGUUACAGUCCCUUUGCAUGGUGUUGCCAAUGAUGCUGGAGAGAUCACACUGGUUCCUAUUUCCAUGAACACAGCUCAGGAGUCCAGAGCUGAGAGCCCUGUAUCACUGACUGCAGAGGCAUUAAUUGGUGCUUCUCCAAAACAGCCACAUCUGACUAAAGCACAAGGUGCUCAUCUGACCGGAAUAGGCAAACCAAAGAGAGCUGGGUCCUUAGCACUAUUUUAUAGAAAGGUCUAUCAUUUGGCAAGUGUGCGCUUACGUGAUUUAUGUUUAAAACUUGAUGUUUCAAAUGAGUUACGAAGGAAGAUCUGGACAUGUUUUGAGUUCACGUUAGUUCACUGCCCUGAUUUAAUGAAAGAUAGGCAUUUGGAUCAGCUUCUUCUGUGUGCCUUUUACAUCAUGGCAAAAGUAACAAAAGAGGAAAGAACUUUUCAAGAAAUAAUGAAAAGUUAUAGAAAUCAGCCCCAAGCUAACAGUCAUGUAUAUAGGAGUGUUCUCUUGAAAAGUAUUCCAAGAGAAGUUGUGACAUACAAUGGUGAUUAUGAGAUGACAGAUGGUGACAUAGAAGAUGCCACAAAGACGCCCAACUGUUCCAGUGAACCAGUGAAAGAGGAAAGAGGUGAUCUCAUCAAAUUCUACAAUACAAUAUAUGUAGGAAGAGUGAAGUCAUUUGCAUUGAAAUAUGACCUGUCCAAUCAGGACCAUAUAAUGGAUGCUCCGCCCCUCUCUCCUUUCCCACAUAUUAAGCAACAGCCAGGCUCCCCACGCCGCAUUUCCCAGCAGCAUUCCAUUUAUGUUUCACCACACAAAAAUGGAUCAGGCCUUACCCCCAGGAGUGCUCUGCUGUACAAGUUCAAUGGCAGCCCUUCCAAGAGUUUGAAAGACAUCAACAACAUGAUAAGGCAGGGUGAACAGAAAACAAAGAAGCGUGUAAUAGCCAUCGGUGGAGACGCAGAGUCACCUGCCAAACGGCUCUGCCAAGAGAACGAUGAUGUUUUACUCAAACGGCUGCAGGAUGUUGUCAGUGAGAGAGCAAAUCACUAA